AUGGAGUCCACGCCGGCGCCUCCUCUCCUGACGCCGCACAAGAUGGGCCAGUUCGACCUCUCGCACAGGCAUUGCAACCAGUCAGCACAGUUUCCAUUCAUGCCAUCGGUUGUGCUGGCACCACUGACGAGGCAACGGUCCUACGGCAACGUGCCACAGCCACACGCAAGGGUGUACUACGCGCAGCGGGCAACCAAGGGCGGGCUGCUCAUCGCGGAGGCGACCGGAGUGUCGGACACGGCGCAGGGGUACAAGGACGCCCCUGGCGUAUGGACGGAGGAGCAGGUCGACGCGUGGAAACCCGUGGUCGACGCCGUGCACGCCAAGGGUGCACUCUUCUUCUGCCAGAUAUGGCACGCCGGACGCGUCUCAAACUAUAAGUUACAACCAAAUGGGCAGGCGCCGAUAUCGAGCACCGACAAGCAGGUUAGUCCUCAGAUGAGCGCCGAUGGUCGUCUCGAGGAGUUCUCGCCGCCGAGGAGUCUCGCAAAGGACGAGAUACCCAAUGUGGUCGAUGACUUCAGAAAAGCUGCAAGGAACGCCAUCGCAGCUGGGUUCGACGGUGUUGAGAUCCACGGUGCCUAUAGCUACAUCAUUGAUCAGUUCCUCAAGGACAGCGCGAACGACCGCACCAACGAGUACGGUGGCAGCCUCGACAACCGAUGCCGCUUCGCGCUAGAGGUGGUGGACGCCGUCGUCGGGGAGGUGGGCGGCCACCGCGUGGGCAUCCGUCUGUCUCCCUUCACCGACUACAUGGACUGCCAUGACUCGGACCCUCAGGCUCUCGCCCUCCACCUCGUCAACAAGCUCAAUGACUAUGGCAUCCUCUACUGCCACAUGAUCGAGCCAAGGAUGGCGCAUGUCGAUGGCCGACGCUAG